AUGGAGCGGCGAGAGCCCGAGGAAGAGGGCGAGGUCGCGGACCCCCAGGAGGAGGUGGAAGCCCAGGUGGGGGGCGAGAGGGUGCGCAAGCAGACCUACGAGACAGCACGCAACUCUGCAGAGAUCCGCGCCCUCUCCCACCUCGCGAGCGAGUUCUGGCUGGCUCUCCUUGCGGAAGAGUGGAUCCAGCCCACCGUGGAGACAGGCCGCGAGCACGGCAGGAAGGCGAAGGCCAAGGGCAAGGGCCACGGAUGCGGAUGUCCUUGCGACCGCGUCGCAGCGGCCUUCGCGGAAGGGAUAGCAGAUGCGCUCAAUGCCAAGGUGCAGGACAACGACCAGCCGACGCAGCACGCGGCCAAGACCCUCGGAAUCCAGGAGGCGCGCAAGCCGUCGGAGGAGGAGAUGGAGACGGAGCAGCGCAGGGCCAAGGUCGUGCACGCGAUCAAUACGUCGCCGUCGUUCAGGGCGGCCCUAUGCGAGCAGAACCUAGACCUGGCCCAGUGCGAGCGGACCCUCGGGUUCAAGGGGGGCAUGUUCAAGCAGGCCCCCGGGGUCGUCCAGGGAGAAGCCGGACCAGGGUCGAACCAGGGCAUGAAGUACUUGGAGUUGGUCCGACGAGCGCAGGAGGCGGCGACGGCGACGGAGCAGGUGGCAAUUCAGAAGCCUGCUGAGCGUGGCAGCGGCCCAUGCGAGCAGAUCUUCGGAACCGCGCAGCACCGCCUGGAGACUUGCCACAAGACGCUGCAGAGCAGCAGCGAGAGGUGCGACGACAUCAACCAACACAACCAGAUGGUGCUCUACGGCCUCGACACACUGCAGGAGCGCACGACGACGAGCUCGACGAGGAUCGCUGCCAGCGAGAGCCCGAACCAAUACGAGCAGAUCGAGCGCGCCCACGUGGCGAAGCUCCCCAGGCAGAAGUUCGAGCACAGCCGCGGCGUCGAAAGCAUCCUCGGCAGCCAGAGCAGGCUCCGCAGAGGGCCCCACCCGUGGGAGCUGGACUACACGAGGCCCCAGACCGACGAGCUCGAAGGCUACUGCGCUAAGUGGGCGGAGAGUGACUACGGCUGGGGCUACGCCGAGGUGAAGGCGGUGGACCACCACAGCAGUCUCGACAGCCUGCAGCAGCCGCACAGCAGCGGCACGCAGCUGCGCCCUAGGUGCACGAACCCCAGCAAGAGCAUCCAGGGGUGGACGCCGCGCGCGAAAGUGCCGCCGACGCAGCUGCAGCUCCAGCCCCCACCCCCGCCAGGCAUUCCAGCGGAGCCGAGUGCGCCGAGCCUGGGCAGGGACUUUCGCCUCCGCGACCCAUCGGUCGCAGAGAAGGGGCCUUUGGCCCUCCGGCGGCGUCAGCGCGAGCUGCUGCCGCCCCAGCCGCCGUUCCCACUGCCGAUGGCGUCCUCGAUGCCGCGGCCGCCGCUUGUGACGCCGGUGCUCGAUUGCCGCGACGACUGCCGCCGCCGCGGUGGAUCCACUGCCGCGAGCGGCUUGGCGCCGCUGGUCACCUGGCUUUCUGCGCGCGCAGCCGACGCCUCCGUCGCGGUAGGCACCGCCUGCGCCGCCUGCACCGUGGCGCCGCGGCCGCGGCUGGCGCUGCGCGCGCCGCUUCCCGCCGUCGCGCCGCGCGUCGCCGGGGCGCCGCCGCUGCCGCCGCUGCCGCUGCUGGCGCUGCUGCUGCCGUCGACGCCAGCCCCCCCUUCGGCGGCGGCGGCGGCGGCGGCUGGCGGCACCGCGGCCGGCGUCGCGGGCAGGCAGCAGCUGCGGGCACCCGCGAUGGGCCAGCAGGGCUCGCGCGCACCGGGAUCGGGCGAGCGCGCGGCGCUCCCCGAAGCGGGAAGGCGGGACUUCGAGGCGUUCCAGCGGCUGCUCUCAAGUGCUUCGGCGUCGCAUCAGCGCGCGCUGGAGGCCCACAGGGACUUCUUGGAGGAGUGCUGUUCUCUGCAGGACGGCCUCGCGAGCUUGGAGGCCCGUGUGCUCAAGAACCUCGAGUCGCUGGGCGGCGCCCACGUUGGGACCUCGAGCUCCGAGGCGCUUGCGGUGAAGAACCACCAGGUGGAGAACCACCAGGGCUGCCUGCGGGCAGCCGCCGAGGCGUGCGGGCCACAGACCGCCGAGGUGCCGCACGGGGCCGUCCUGGAGGCGCGCGCGCCCGUGAAGCCGGCGCCAGCGUGCGAGGACUCCCGUCGAGGCGUCGUGGUCCACUGGGCGAAGGAUCCGAGCGGGGCGGUCGCGUGGCCCGAGUGGAGCGGCGCGAGCCCGCCCACGUCCACGAAGUCCUACAGCACGCGUACGCCGACGUCGCUGACCAGGAGGCGCGCCGCCCCUGAGUCUCUGAUGUCAGCAUCGCCGUCCCUGCGGAAUGGCGAGCUCACGCGCGAGCCUGGCUGCUGUCAGGGAAUGGUGAUGCUGCCCACCAGCCACAAGCGGACAGCCUGGGACAUGAUGAGUAUCGUGAUUUUGGGCUACGAUUGCAUCAUGAUCCCUCUCUCCGUGUUCGGCGUGGGCAAUAGCAGUUCCUUCUGGUUCGUCGAGACGUUCAUCACGCUGUUCUGGUCAAUCGACAUCGUCAUGUCGUUCCUGUCAGCCUACUAUACGCUUGGUGGCAUCGAGACUCGUCCAAGCAAGAUCGCGUGGCGGUACAUUCGCUCAAACUUCAUGUUCGAUCUCACGCUCGUUCUUGUGGACUUGAUGCUCAACGUAUCGAAAAUUCUGGAGGGGGAUGCUGUACGCCUGAUGCGAAUGGGGAAAGUCAUCCGAUUUGGUAAGGUGUUUCGGUUGUUGCGCCUUCUCAGAAUCAUGAAGAUGCCCAAGGCGUUUGAAGGAAUCACAGAUGCGAUGCAAUCCAAGACUUUCAGCACUUUUAUUGGCAUCGCGCAGGCAGUUUGCCUUAUAGCCGUCGUCAACCAUUUUAUUGCUUGCAUGUGGUAUGCCGUCUCAGCUAAUACUUCGACGGAGUGGGAUAUGCCUGCCUGGAUCCACGAGAGCGGAAUGGCUAAUCGUUCUACUGCAUAUUUGUACUUCACGGCCUUGCACUGGAGCAUCACGCAGUUUACGCCCUCGUCGAUGGAGGUGCAGCCGAAGAAUGUGCCCGAGCGCAUAUAUGCCAUCGUCGUCGUGUUUGUGGCCCUCAUGGUUUUUUCCUCCUUCGUCAGCGGCAUCACAAGCGCCAUGACCAGCUUGAGGGAGUACAACAAUUAUCCAUAUUCCCAGCUCGAGAACCUCCGGCGGUACAUCCUGAGCAAGAGAAUCAGCUUGGACCUGAGCAACAGGAUCGGCGAGUUCAUCAAGGCACACAACUUCAUGGCCAAGAAGAGAAUCAUCGAGUCGGACGUUGACGUGUUCUCCGUCCUGCCAACGUCCAUGAAGUACCAGCUGCGCUGGGAAGCUCAUCACGAGAUCAUCAGCGCGCACCACUUCUUCUUCCAGAUUAGCGAGCACGUGCCGCAGGCGCUGCUGGACAUCUGCUACAAGGCGAUCACCGAGGUGCUCUACGACCUAGCGCGGGAUGUCUUCAGCCCAGGGAGCGAUGCUUCUGACAUGCUAUUCUUGCUAGGUGGGAUUGUGGACUACUUCAAGGGGAGCCAGCUUGAGGCGCAGCCCGUCCAGUUCACUUCCGAAUGCGGACCCAGUGUCUUCUGUGAGCUGGCCCUCUGGAUUCGCUUUGCCCACUCCAGCCGGCUCAGCUGCAAAACAGCGUCGGAGUUCCUGGUGUUAUCCAGCGGCAGCUUCCGCGGCUGCAUCAUACAAUACGCCGAGUUGCACGACGCGUGCUGUGUAUACGCCCGCGAACUCAUGAGCGUGCUGGAGGCUGACGACGAGCCAAGAGAUUGGGACGUCUUGCAGAAGUUUGACGACCUGCAGGCCAUAGCUCAGUCCGCGUUCGAUAGCGCCUUUCAGCCGCCAGAUAAUAUCGACGGCUCCGAGAAGAGGAUGGCGUUUGCGGUAACAUCUCAGACCCAUCGGAAGAUCGACAAGCGGAGCGCGAGUAGUGGCUCCUUCUCCUCAGCUUGAGUCCGCCGCCGCGCAGCUAACGCCACCUGAGGGAGCAAACAUCACACCCUUAUCGUUCCCGGCCUCGUGUUCUUCCUCGCUCUUCUCGCUCUCCUCAUCCUCUUUCCCCCAUUCCCCUUUCAUCUUCAUCAUUCGUGUUCUCUCUUUUAUCGUGUGCCCUGCAUUUGCGGCUCGUUAUUUAUUGAGUUCGCAUUGGGAUCCCAUGCUGUGCAAUGUCUCAGCCACUGUAUUAUACUGCCUGUCCAGCCGCAUGGAUUUGGUUUCAGUGAUGGACCUUCUCUUUCCCUUCUCAUAGUCAUCCACCUCCCCCUCCCUCCGUCCUUGCCUCGUCUUGAGAUGCUGGUAUCUGAUGUGUGAUGGCUUCCUGUGUGGACAGAGGUGCUCCUUCUCCUCGCUGCUCCGCGCCGUCCUGCCAGCUGAUAGUUUCAACGGCCCAUAUAUUCGAAGCGUUUACUCGUGCUGAGUUGCACGCUGGCGCUGGCGCUCGAGAAACA